AUGGAAUCCCUACACAUCCUGUUUUUGUGGAGGUAAUAUCACCAGAGCACUCAGGUUAUCAUCCUAUCCCUGGAUUAUACUACGAACUAUGAUCUGGGAAAUACCAGCACCUUGGAUAGUACCUGCACUCCAUAUAAUACUCACACCCUGGGCAGUACUAGCACUUUGGAUAUGACCUGCACUCUAAAUAAUACUCACACCCUGAGAACUACCAGCACCUUGGAUGGUACCUGCACUCCAAAUAAUACUCACACCCUGGAAAAUACCAGCACCUUGGAUGGUACCUGCACUCCAAAUAAUAUUAACAUCCUGGGAAUUACCAGCACCUUGGAUGGUACCUGCACUCCAAAUAAUAUUCACAUCCUGGGCAGUACCAGCACCUUGGAUAGUGCCUGCACUCCAAAUAAUACUCACACCCUGAGAACUACCAGCACCUUUGAUGGUACCUGCACUCCAAAUAAUAUUCACAUUCUGGGCAGUACCAGCACCUUGGAUAAUACCUGCAUUCCAAAUAAUACUCACACCCUGGGCAGUAUCAGCACCUUGGAUAGUGCCUGCAUUCUAAAUAAUACUCACACCCUGGGAAGUAUCAGCACCAUGGACUGUACCUGCACUCCAAAUAAUACUCACACCCUGGGAAGUAUCAGCACCAUGGACUGUACCUGCACUCCAAAUAAUACUCACACCCUGGGAAGUACCAGCACCUUGGAUAGUACCUGCACUCCAAAUAAUACUCACACCCUGGGAAGUACCAGCACCUUGGAUAUUACCUGCACUCCAAAUAAUACUCACACCCUGGGCAGUACCAGCACAUUGAUACUGCCUGCACUCCAAAUAAUACUCACACCCUGGGAAAUACCAGCCCCUUGGAUGGUACCUGCACUCCAAAUAAUACUCACACCCUGGGAAAUACCAGCCCCUUGGAUGGUACCUGCACUCCAAAUAAUACUCACACCCUCAGAAUUACCAGCACCUUGGAUAGUGCCUGCACUCCAAAUAAUACUCACACCGUGGGCAGUACCAGCACCUUGGAUGGUACCUGCACUCCAAAUAAUACCCACACCGUGAGCAGUACCAGCACCUUGGAUGGUACCUGCACUCCAAAUAAUACCCACACCGUGGGCAGUACCAGCACCUUGGAUGGUACCUGCACUCCAAAUAAUACCCACACCGUGGGCAGUACCAGCACCUUGGAUAGUGCCUGCACUCCAAAUAAUACUCACACCCUCGGAAGUACCAGCACCUUGGAUAGUGCCUGCACUCCAAAUAAUACUCACACCCUGGGAAGUCCCAGCACCUUGGAUAGUGCCUGCACUCCAAAUAAUACUCACACCCUGGGAAAUACCAGCCCCUUGGAUGGUACCUGCACUCCAAAUAAUACUCACACCCUGGGAAGUACCAGUACCUUGGAUAAUACCUGCACUCCAAAUAAUACUCACACCCUGGGAAGUACCAGCCCCUUGGAUGGUACCUGCACUCCAAAUAAUACUCACACCCUGGGAAGUACCAGUACCUUGGAUAAUACCUGCACUCCAAAUAAUACUCACACCCUGGGAAGUACCAGUACCUUGGAUAAUACCUGCACUCCAAAUAAUACUCACACCCUGGGAAGUACCAGUACCUUGGAUAAUACCUGCACUCCAAAUAAUACUCACACCCUGGAAGGUACCAGCACCUUGGAUGGUACCUGCACUCCAAAUAAUACUCACACCCUGGAAGGUACCAGCACCUUGGAUGGUACCUGCACUCCAAAUAAUACUCACACCCUCGGAAAUACCAGCACCUUGGAUGGUACCUGCACUCCAAAUAAUACCCACACCGUGGGAAAUACCAGCCCCUUGGAUAGUGCCUACACUCCAAAUAAUACUCACACCCUGGGAAAUACCAGAACCUUGGAUAAUAGCUGCACUCCAAAUAAUACUCACACCCUGGGAAGUACCAGCACCUUGGAUGGUUCCUGCACUCCAAAUAAUACUCAAACCCUGGGAAGUACCAGCACCUUGGAUAGUGCCUGCACUCCAAAUAAUACUCACACCCUGGGAAGUACCAGCACCUUGGAUAGUACCUGCACUCCAAAUAAUACUCACACCCUGGGCAGUACCAGCACCUUGGAUAUUACCUGCACUCCAAAUAAUACUCACACCCUCGGAAGUACCAGCAACUUGGAUGGUACCUGCACUCCAAAUAAUACUCACACCCUGGGAAGUCCCAGCACCUUGGAUAGUGCCUGCACUCCAAAUAAUACUCACACCCUCGGAAGUACCAGCACCUUGGAUGGUACCUGCACUCCAAAUAAUACUCACACCCUGGGAAGUCCCAGCACCUUGGAUGGUACCUGCACUCCAAAUAAUACUCACACCCUGGGAAGUCCCAGGACCUUGGAUAAUACCUGCACUCCAAAUAAUACUCACACCCUGGAAGGUACCAGCACCUUGGAUGGUACCUGCACUCCAAAUAAUACUCACACCCUGGAAGGUACCAGCACCUUGGAUGGUACCUGCACUCCAAAUAAUACUCACACCCUCGGAAGUACCAGCACCUUGGAUAGUGCCUGCACUCCAAAUAAUACUCACACCCUGGGAAAUACCAGAACCUUGGAUAAUACCUGCACUUCAAAUAAUACUCACACCCUGGGCAGUAUCAGCACCUUGGAUAGUGCCUGCACUCCAAAUAAUACUCACACCCUGGGAAGUACCAGCACCUUGGAUGGUACCUGCACUCCAAAUAAUACUCACACCCUGGAAGGUACCAGCACCUUGGAUGGUACCUGCACUCCAAAUAAUACUCACACCCUCGGAAGUACCAGCACCUUGGAUAGUGCCUGCACUCCAAAUAAUACUCACACCCUGGGAAAUACCAGAACCUUGGAUAAUACCUGCACUUCAAAUAAUACUCACACCCUGGGCAGUAUCAGCACCUUGGAUAGUGCCUGCACUCCAAAUAAUACUCACACCCUGGGAAGUACCAGCACCUUGGAUGGUACCUGCACUCCAAAUAAUACUCACACCCUAGAAGGUACCAGCACAUUGGAUGGUACCUGCACUCCAAAUAAUACUCACACCCUCGGAAGUACCAGCACCUUGGAUAGUGCCUGCACUCCAAAUAAUACUCACACCCUGGGAAAUACCAGAACCUUGGAUAAUACCUGCACUUCAAAUAAUACUCACACCCUGGGAAGUCCCAGCACCUUGGAUGGUACCUGCACUCCAAAUAAUACUCACACCCUGGGAAGUACCAGGACCUUGGAUAAUACCUGCACUCCAAAUAAUACUCACACCCUGGGAAGUCCCAGCACCUUGGAUGGUACCUGCACUCCAAAUAAUACUCACACCCUGGGAAGUACCAGGACCUUGGAUAAUACCUGCACUCCAAAUAAUACUCACACCCUGGAAGGUACCAGCACCUUGGAUGGUACCUGCACUCCAAAUAAUACUCACACCCUGGAAGGUACCAGCACCUUGGAUGGUACCUGCACUCCAAAUAAUACUCACACCCUCGGAAGUACCAGCACCUUGGAUAGUGCCUGCACUCCAAAUAAUACUCACACCCUGGGAAAUACCAGAACCUUGGAUAAUACCUGCACUUCAAAUAAUACUCACACCCUGGGCAGUAUCAGCACCUUGGAUAGUGCCUGCACUCCAAAUAAUACUCACACCCUGGGAAGUACCAGCACCUUGGAUGGUACCUGCACUCCAAAUAAUACUCACACCCUGGGAAAUACCAGCACCUUGGAUAUUACCUGCACUCCAAAUAAUACUCACACCCUCGGAAGUACCAGCACCUUGGAUAGUGCCUGCACUCCAAAUAAUACUCACACCCUGGGAAAUACCAGAACCUUGGAUAAUACCUGCACUUCAAAUAAUACUCACACCCUGGGAAGUCCCAGCACCUUGGAUGGUACCUGCACUCCAAAUAAUACUCACACCCUGGGAAGUACCAGGACCUUGGAUAAUACCUGCACUCCAAAUAAUACUCACACCCUGGGAAGUCCCAGCACCUUGGAUGGUACCUGCACUCCAAAUAAUACUCACACCCUGGGAAGUACCAGGACCUUGGAUAAUACCUGCACUCCAAAUAAUACUCACACCCUGGAAGGUACCAGCACCUUGGAUGGUACCUGCACUCCAAAUAAUACUCACACCCUGGAAGGUACCAGCACCUUGGAUGGUACCUGCACUCCAAAUAAUACUCACACCCUCGGAAGUACCAGCACCUUGGAUAGUGCCUGCACUCCAAAUAAUACUCACACCCUGGGAAAUACCAGAACCUUGGAUAAUACCUGCACUUCAAAUAAUACUCACACCCUGGGCAGUAUCAGCACCUUGGAUAGUGCCUGCACUCCAAAUAAUACUCACACCCUGGGAAGUACCAGCACCUUGGAUGGUACCUGCACUCCAAAUAAUACUCCCAUCCUGGGAAGUACCAGCACUUUGGAUAACACCAGUAGCAUGGAAAGUUCCGGCACAGACUAA